CUAUAGCGCAAGGGGCGUUACCAGAGGGAUGUUACGUCAUGCUAGGGGCGGCGGGACACGAGUGUCAACAAACUGAUGCGCAAAACAUCGACUGGAAUAUUUUCAUUUAUUGAAAUCAUCGCUCGGCAUUAGAUUUAGCAUAAGAAUGCCACAGUUUGGAUUGUGUUUACUGCUUCUGUACUCUGGACUGAUUCAUCACAUCAAAAGCCAUAUUAAAAAGGAAGACAAAACUAGUGAAAAGGAACGACCCAAUUUCAUCAUUAUCCUAGCCGAUGAUAUCGGAUGGGGUGACCUCUGGGUGAACAGGCCUGACAACUCCACACCAACACCCUGGCUGGACUCAUUAAUGCUGAAGGGCAAAAGAUUCACAGACUUCCACUCUCCUGCCUCCACAUGCUCGCCGUCACGUGCUGCCCUCCUGACCGGCAGACAUGGGCUACGCAAUGGGGUCACUCAUAAUUUUGCAGUGGGGUCAGUCGGAGGGCUGCCACUCAAUGAGACCACGUUUGCUGAGCUCUUGCAUGAUGCAGGUUAUUAUACAGCCAUUAUCGGAAAAUGGCACCUUGGACACAUUGGUUCCUACAAUCCUGUUCAUAGAGGUUUUGACUAUUACUUCGGUAUUCCUUAUAGUAAUGACAUGGGCUGCACUGACAAGCCAGGUCUUGACCUUCCCAGCUGUCCUCCCUGUCUCCGCAAUCAGUAUAUUACUAGGAAGCAUGAAGAAUGCUACACUAAAGUGGCAUUGCCUCUGAUUGAAAAUGAGACAAUAAUUGAACAACCCUUGGACACAUGGAGCCUUAAAGACAGAUAUGCCACAGCGGCAGUCAAUCAGAUAUUCACAGCCAGCAUUUCGAAGAAGCAGCCGUUCCUACUGUAUGUGGCUCUUGCUCACAUGCAUGUCCCACUGUUCCAUAACGCCUUCCUAAACGUUACGACACAAGACCCUUACACAGCCAGCCUCAGUGACAUGGACUCUUUGGUGGGGACAAUCAUGCAGGCGGUCAGCACUGAGCAGCUGGAAAACACAUUGAUAUGGUUCACCGGUGAUAAUGGCCCGUGGGAGCAGAAAUGCCAGUUUGCUGGGCAUGUUGGGCCUUUUGUUGGAAAAUGGCAGACGAGCAGAGGUGGUGGCUCAGCCAAGAGAACCACAUGGGAAGGAGGUCAUAGAGUUCCCACAGUGGUCGCAUGGCCUAAGAAGAUCAAACCCAACAGCACCAGCAGCGCCCUGCUGAGUGGUCUGGAUAUCUUUCCAACUGUUCUCUCCCUGUCUGGUGUAAAACCACCAUCAGAUCGACGCUAUGAUGGCAUUGAUAUAACUGACAUUCUGCUCAAUGACUCUGACACAGGCCAUAAGAGUCUCAUGCAUCCAAACAGCGGUGCUGCAGGACAGUUUGGCGACCUUCAAAGCGUCAGGCUGAAACAUCACAAGGCAUUUUACAUCACAGGUGGAUCAGUGACAUGUGGUGGAGGAAGUGGACAGCAGCAGUAUCACAACCCCCCUCUGAUAUUUGACCUCUCACUGGACGAGGCAGAGGAGACCCCUCUGAACCCUGAGAGUGAAGAGUACAGAUCUGUCCUGAAGGAAGUGGAGAGAGAGAGGGAGGCUCUGCUAUGGGACAUCGCCACAGAUAAGUUAUCAUCGGCCGUCUACACUGUAAAUCCAGCUGCAGUCCCCUGCUGCCAGCCACACAACCCCGCCUGCCGAUGUCACCGUUUAAAAUGAGGUCAGUCGGCUCAGCCUUGAACUCAGCACUGUUUGUCCAUGGGCUAGAUCACAUCAGCAUAUAGAAAGCAGUUUUUUCCUACACUGGGAAGAGCGUAGUUCAAAUAUUCAACGCAAUGUCUCAGAAAACCACACUAGACUACAAAGAAGAUAUGUUGUUGAUGUGUAAAGCUAAGACUGUGUAACAGGAAACUAUAGAUUCCAAGAUGUUGCAAUCUAUUUCUACUCUGCUUUUUCAUUUUAAGCUUACAAACUGGGGUCAAACUGAUUUUUAUAUUUCUAAAGAAAUCAUGAGAUUAAUAAUUUGACCAUAUGAGUAUAUAAAGGACAAAAUGAAUGAAAAAGUGUUACAUUAAAAAAAGUAUUAUAACAACUGACUGUCCCUUUCCCUAGUUUGAUACCAUGUCUCCAUCUUGUGGUAAUACUGUUGCCAUAACUGUGACUGUAUAACUGUUUUGUUAAUUACUUUGAAAAAAAUGGCUAAUCACCAUAACAAAAAAAUCAUUAAUCAUAUUACCAGCAUUUCUGACAACAGGUCAUGAAUCUAAAAUCUAUAUCCAAUUUAUGUUUUAACACACAUGUGAACAUAAAUAUUUUAUUAAUAACUCGUUUUAAAAUGCAGUUUUAGAAUUAGUCCAACUUUCGUUUGCUGUGUGAACUGUCCGGUGGCAUUUUAAAACUUAUUUGGUCUGUUAAAAUAAUAACUUAUUUUACUGAUAUUGGUUGGUAUAGUGAACGCACUCAUGGUUUCCAACGUGUUCUCUCGGGUGAAUCAGUGGACACUGAGUUUCAUUUCAGCCUCUUGCUCUUUAUUGGUUUGCUGUUAGUAAGCACAUUGGUGAAUCCAAACAUACAUACAGUAAAGAACACCUGCUCUGGCAUUCAUGUACCUACAGUGUAAUCUAGACUGACAGAUGUGGUGCAUUCAAAUGAACUUGAAAAUGACACAUUAUAAGUGGAGCCGAGACAUUCUUAUACCCUUCACAACUUACUGGUAAAGAUGUAACUUUAACUUAAAUCCUUAAAAAACAAAUAAAAAAAAAUUAAGGAUGUGCAUUCAUAAUUGUUACUGUGUUGAUUUGGAUAAAAAUAACAUCUGUGUGUAAUAAAAGAUCAACUUAUCUAAGAAAAUAAAGAAGUACUCCUUUCUGUCAA